AGCGUGAGCGACAACGGAAACCAAGUCAAGGCUCAGUAAUUAGUUCCGUUUUAUUCUCCAUAUCACAGGCAAAUCUUGUCAUUUGCGAUUUGCCCUUGGCAUUCAGCGGUGCCGAUAUUGGACCGGUCUUAUUGGUUAUUAUCUCCAUCCUCAAGCCUCACGAGAAGCCAAAUACGGUAAACGCUGUCUGUCAGCACGAUCAAACUGGUGGUCGAAUCUCAAAACCUUAUCCCACUUGUCUUUCGAUGCUGAGUUAUUUGCAGUGAUGUCGCAGCAGAGCAUUUUGCCAUCAUGUUCGAUUUGAGAUCGAAUCUUGCUCCAUUUCCUCUAUAAAUUGUCUCUUGCCUUGCCCUGUAUUCUUUCUCGGCAAGAUUGCUUACAGCAAUAUCUCUACAUCGCAAGUUCAAGAUCUUUCUAUCUGGCCAUCAUGAUCCAUAUCCUGUCCCGUCUGGCAGUAGCCGCACUUCUUUCAACACCAGUCCUAUCCGUACCGAACAUUGCAGAAGGAGAAAGUUUUGGAUUCGAACUCCAAAACGCUACCAGUCCAGAUGGUACCAUGCGAACCAAAUGGGUACCGUCUCAAGCUCUCCUUGAUGAGCAACAAGCUCGAAUGGAGAACUACUAUGUUCUCGACCCAGUUACCAACAAAACAAUCCUCAACCCGGCGAACGAUCACGCACUUUCCAAGCGUGAGGACUUCAAUCCGUACGAUGGAACAGAAUGUCGAAUGGUUUUCAUGCAUCAUCACAAUAUUGCGCAGUGCUGUGGAGGGCAGCACUGUGAGGAUUGCUCCUCUGAGACUACCGAGUUCAGGAUCUUGGAUAAUAAAGAUUCUGGUCGUUAUUUUGCUGUGUUCGAUAUGAACCCAGGGAGUUGGGAGUACUAUCAACUGAACGGUCAUCGAGGAUGGUGGGGUAUUGCGAACUGGGGAUGGGACAAGUGGUACGCGAUUGACUCCGCAUAUGGGCAUAUUGAAGGAGAAACUACGGAUCGUGAUAUGAAAGGAGGAGAGUAUUGCUGGUACAGUCAAGGAUCGGCGUGGUGGGGCUAUUGGGGAGAGGCAGCUUGUACAAGUUGGUGUUCUGCCUUCAAUUGGUAGAGUGAUAUAGACCCACGCCUCGUCGCGGAGUCAGGGCUGGCUUUAUUGUCUCGCCUAUCAGGGUAUCCUACAUCUCCUAUGUUCGUAGUGUUAGUAUAUAGAUCGUUGAAUAUGUUUUCAAAUGAUG